GCCAGGUCAAUGAUCUGGUACAGAGCAUUCUGUGGUAUCGUACCAUACAAAAAGGACAAGAUUUACUCCAGGAUGAUAUAUGAAAGUCUGUGCGGCAGACCCGGAGCAAACCGCUGCGACGAUAUGUCAUAGUAUUGGAGUGCUCCGUCACCCCCAAUCGCAAGUCCAGCUACACACUGCCACCGUUCAUGUGCUCUGGGAGUCGCUGACAACGGAGCGAGUAGGACUUGGAAACCAGAACAAGACCAUCAGAGACGAUCCUCUCCUUACAGUGCACAACUCAAUGGAGCACUGAAGGCUCAUUGGCGCUGGAAGAAAAGGUUAGGCGCUCCAGGAGCCUAAAGCGUCAUAAAGCGCAAAAUAAUAUGUACAGUAGCGUACAGUGUCUGCGUGUGUGUGCAGCAAGUGUCCUAUAUCCACUACUAUCAUAACGUCCAGAGUAGAAUGUCCGUGUCAAGAGUACACUGUACUUGACCUGUCUUUGUCUACGAUAAAAAUACCUUAUGCCAAACGAGCGACUCCGACCU